UCUCAUCUUCGAUUCGUGAUUAGCCCAUAAUUAUCGUUAAUAUCCAAUCAAAUGCUUGUAAAGUGGGAACUUUCCCCUCCAGAUCUAUCACCCUAACCCCUGUAGAUAAGGACCAGACAAGAGAAAAAAAAAACCAGAGCUUAAGCUUUUUGUCAAAAGUCCAUUAACGUCUUUUUUUUUCUUUUUCUUUUCGCUUCGUCAUCGCAUCUGUGCUACAAACAAGCACAGGUACACGCACGACAAGCCCGUAAACGACGAAGAGCCGAAAGAGGAAAUCAAUAACCGUUGUACCACCUGGUUACAAAUGCAAGGACGGCAGAGGCGUUCCAAUUGACCGAUUUGAGAAUCUUUUGAUAUUAUCGAACAUACUGGAUCCGAUUAAUCUUUCGCUUCCACUCGCCCAGAAGCUCACACCGCGUCCGAACCCCGCGUAUCUCCACGAGUCUCAAAGCUGAUCGAUCGAAACAAACAACCAAUCAUCUCUUCCCCCCCCCUUCUCCUUUUCAAAAUGGCGUCUUCCAACAACACCCCAAUGCCGACGCCUCCAUCUCAACCUAACAACAACCCCCAACAACCGCAACCACAGCAGCCAGGCCUCCCCUUCUCCCGGCACCACAACCCCUUCGCGCACUGGAUCGCCCUCGGCGUGACCCCCAUCGCCCUCCUCGCCAUCGCCCUGCCCCCGCGCCGUCUCGACAUGCGCUUCGGCAUCCUCGGCGGCGUCGCCCUCUGGGGCACAAACCAGCUCGUGUACGACUACAGCGGGACCUCCACCUUCGGGCGCAUCUUCCGGAGCGUCGGGGACUUCAGCCCCGGCAGCGCUCUGCCCGAAAAGGCGCGGGAGACGCAGGCCCGGCUGCGCGCCGAGCGCGCCAGGAUAUCGCUGCGGGAGUCUGCUGGCACAGAGCAGAAGAAGAAGGAGGCAGAGGCGGAGGCGGAGGCGGAGGAGAAGAAGAAGCGCGAGAGAGGGAUCCUGGAGAAGGUGUGGAUGGGCGACAGCGGCGAGAAGUGGAAGGAGGAGCGCGACAGGAGGGAGAAGGCGGCGCUGAGCGAGGGCGGCGGCGGGUACUGGGGGUUGAUCGUCGAUCAGAUCGCUGAGGUGACGGGGAUUGGAGGAGGACAGAAGAAGGAGGAGGAGGAGGAGGAUGAAAAAGAUGGCAAACCGGAAAACACGAAAAAGCCUUGAUUGGUGCCAUACCAUUCGUUCCGCUGAGUGAGCGAAUUGUCUUCGUGAUACAGCAUAGGUAUGUACCUAAUGCGACCCUGUUUGCAUCUAUAUGAUUUCAUACUCUUGAAUUGUGAUGGA